AGGCUGUCCCUGAAACAUACUUUCCCACACACUCUCAGGAGUCAGCGCUGCUCGCACACACUCGCCGCUUGAACCUCAACUCUGGUGAAACACCUGGAGUAAACUUAACAUCAUCUGAAACCGUCCACUUUUCUGACCUUCAGAACCACAACAAUUAACAGGGGACAGUAAUAAUUAUAAAAGUAAUGGCUGCCCAGCAGAGGCUCUCCCUCACGGUGGCCCUGAGCCUGUUGCUCCUCGCCACCCUGCUGCCCGGCUCCGAGGCCCGGCGUGGAGGAGGCUUCAUGCGGGGAGGCAGCUCGUUCGGCCGCGGUGGAGGAGGCUACAACCGGGGCUGGGGCGGAGGAGCAUACAGACCUGCACCUGUCCAGACCGGCGGCUCCAGCGCAGGGAAAGUGGCCGGAGCAGCUGCAGCAGGAGCCGUAGGGGGCGCGAUGCUGGGGUCUGCCCUGAGCCGUCCAGGGUAUGGCUAUGGUUUGGGCGGAGGAUAUGGAGGCUUUGGAGGCUAUGGAGGUUAUGGAGGCUAUGGAGGUGGGUACGGCUACCCUCACUUUGGCGGCGGAUAUGGCGGCGCCUACCGCCCCCGGCCUGCCUAUGAGCAGGAGGGCUCUGGAGACAUGGAGUACUACACCGGAGCGUCCAGUGGGCCCAUCUACAACAGCAUCAUCGUCGUCAUUGGCUCCCUGAUGUCUCUGCUGAUGGGCCACUGGGUGGCAGUCAUGUAGAGCUGGGGGGAGAUGGGAUCCCAGAAACAACCUAAUUCUGACUAAUAAUAACUUCAUGAGCUGAGAGCGAGCAGAACUAUUUUGUGGUAAAUUGGAUGGUGACAUGCAAUGAUGAAACUGUCUGCUCAGCAACACUGCAAGAGCCACGGAAUGAGAUCCACUAGGAGAAAAAGAGGAAUUUGACCCACUUUACCUCUAUGCAUGCAACACCAUCCCUCUAUCCUGAAAUGUCCAGAUGUAGCAGAGAAAAGACACUUCCUGUAGAUCCUGGUCUGAGCCAUGAUGAGUUGGUUUGUGAGGAAUAACUGUUUAUACUCUGUCUAUGUCCCUAGUUCCUAUCACACGUUCCUUUUUUUUUUUUGGACAAAAAUUCAUGUAACUAACCAUGUUGCCAGUUUUUUUUUUAAUUUUUGAUGAUGAGGAAGAUUAUAAUGAUGCCGAUUUGAGUUUAAGAGCAGCUACACACUUUACAUAAACAUGGAAUUCUCUCUGUCUAUUUCAUCUCAGCCGUGAAACCUGAUCAUUUCUGAACUCUGCAGUUCACAUUAUGUACCUAUUAGGGAUAUGCUUUAUAUGAUGCUUAUGUAACCAAAUGCAGUACAUAUGUCAUGUCAUGUUUGGAGACCAAGAGGCAAAUGUGCUAACCUGUAUUGUUACAUGAAUAUAAAAAAAAAAAAAACAAUUAGAAGAAACCC